CAGGGGACCUCCACGGCAUUCAAAGUAACCAUCAGACCUCCACUCGAGUUGCUGUACAAGUGCAACACCUAUAAGCUGAUUUAUUUAGGCUCUCGAACCAGUAGCCACUUGGCGGGCGCUUGCAUCGAUGCCUCCUUGUACUCACCUCUCAAAGCUUAUAGCAUGGUUCCUUCGUGUCUUCAAAGCCAUACGUUCGAUGGGCGGCGAAUCCCUACGCCUAUUCCGGCUCAUAAUUUCCCUUUGCACUGCGGGUUUCCACCGGAAACCCAGCGAACGCAAUAACAUCCACACCAUAUGUACUAGUUCUAUGCCAUCUCCACUCGAACAGAUGGAGGUGGGCGAGGCGGCCCCUUCUGAUAUGCACCCACCCGCGACCACUAAUGCUGGUAGAGGGAUGGAUCUCACUGUCCCAACUGAGGAUUCCAUGACUGAAGACCUCCCGGUUCAUUUCUCCCGACAUCCAGUGGUAGUGCAACCUGUCCGGGACAGACUUCACACCGUGUCUCAGCGACGCUUGGUGCCUACUUCUCCUGAGCAAGUCAUGAAACACAGGUUUUCAAAGAGACCCCUAGUGGAUGAUAUGCGCGAAUCCGAGGAAAUCCUAACAGAAGGGGAUAUGAGUUACAACGCGUCGCCAUUACCUAUCGGGUGGGUGAAAUACACGCAGCCCGAGGGCGCUCCCUACUAUAUGCACGGAGAAAAGCGCAUCAUCACAGACCUUACGGGACCACAAACACUAGUCAACCUUGUGGGUACUUCUGACAAUUUACUGGACAAAGCACGACAAUUGGGACUGCCCUCGCAUUUGGAUGUGGAACUCGUGAUCACGACCGUACCCGGCCCGGAGAAGAGAGGGGACUUGGGAUACUAUUUCAUCGAUCAUCAACGACGGCUGCUCUUUUGGGUGAAUAAUUACAAUCUGUCGAAUAUAUUUUCCGGCGUCAAGGGCGUAACGGCGAGAGAUCACAUGAAGCAAGCGGUCGUAACACAGUACUGGUAGGUGCUGUCGCUGCCUUGUUUUGACGUUUCAACGACAAUUGUCACUCUAAAGGAUGCACAUCGAGUUAUACCCUAACCGGCGCGGUCUGA